GGACUGUGCAGAGAAGGAUUUAGCCAGAAAUCCGUUUGUGGACUCUGAAGGCUAACAUUGAGCGCUAAGUUAUGAUUUAUGUAUGAGGAGCAAUAAUUUGUGAGUAGUGUUUUGCUACGCCAUGCUUAGGAGAACAUUUACAGCAUUGUUUCUAUUUCAACGUGGUGGUACACCUUACGACAAAAUACAUGAGUUGACUAUUAGUGUCACAAGACAUGAUGAUUGAUAAUACUGACCAAACAUGAAUAUAUGGACUUAAGAAGAACUUGUUUGAAUAGCAUUUGGUUUGGCUUCAUCAUGGAAACAUGCAGAUAUUGGCUGACAGUGCAGGGAAUGAUUCCAGCCAGAUUUAUGUCAUGAAGAAAUAUUCACACUGAUGAUGUUUUGCGUGUACUCUGAAGGCUAAAAUUGAGUGGCAAAUAGUGAUUAUUGAGGAGCAAUAAAUUAGGUGUAGUGUUUUGCUACUCUGUGCAAAGGUGAACGAUCACCGCAUUGUUUCCGAUUCAAGGUGGUGCUACAUCUUACAACAAACUCUUGAGUUAAGUAUCAGUGUCGCAAGACAUGAUGAUUGAUAAUACUGACGUAAGCUCUCGGUAAUUAUUCAUUGGUUCAUCGAGUUAGUUGGUCUCUCAUCAGGUGAUCUGUUGAAGUGGUCUUUGUAUGUAACCAGGACAAACAUUUGUAGAAUUGAAGAUGGGAUCCUGUUACGCCGGUGUGUAUACUCAAAAGAAUGGCACACUGUCACCUGCAGAAGAUUCUCGACUCCCAGUUUCACCCGACUCCAUCGCAAUCCUUGUACAUGGAUGUCCAGAUGCCCCGCCUGAUUCUAAUAAAUUAGACGUUCACCCAACCAUAAGAAGAUUUUGCUCAGCGAACGACGCAAUGCUGGGACCCAACGACGACCUGAUGGUGGAGUUAGAGAGAACACGGAGUAAAGAUGACUACGUUAGGAGGAGACCAGUUAGCAUGAACUAUUCGUCCUGUUCACCAUUCGGCAAAUCAGAGACGUACACAAAAAUCGGUCAACUGGGCGAAGGUUCAUAUGCCAAAGUGUAUAAGGCAAUAAGCAGCGUCAAUCAACAAGUCGUUGCGCUUAAAGAAAUCCGUCUACAACAAGACGAGGGCGCUCCUUUUACGGCAAUCAGGGAAGCGUCGCUCCUGAAGGGUUUGAAGCACGCAAACAUUGUCUGUCUUCAUGACAUCAUCCACACAAAGACAGCGCUCACGUUUGUCAUCGAGUAUGUGCAUACAGAUCUGAGCGCGUAUUUGGAGAAGCACCCAGGUGGGUUGAACCCACACAAUGUCAAGCUGUUCCUUUUCCAGUUGCUGAGGGGUCUCUCCUUCUGUCAUCAGAGGACAAUUCUCCAUCGAGAUAUGAAACCACAAAAUAUUCUCAUCAGUGAAACGGGUGAACUCAAACUCGCAGAUUUCGGUCUCGCAAGAGCGAAGUCCAUCCCAAGUAGAACCUACUCGCAUGAGGUGGUCACAUUGUGGUACAGACCUCCAGAUGUACUCUUAGGAUCUACAGAUUAUUCAACACAACUAGACAUCUGGGGUGUUGGCUGUAUAUUCAUUGAGAUGUUGAGGGGCCAUCCAGCAUUCCCCGGAAUGAAAGAUUACAAAGACCAACUCGAGAGAAUAUUCAAGAUUUUGGGAACCCCAACAGAGGCAAAAUGGCCAGGUGUAACAAGACUACCAAACUAUAAAACAGUAGUGACUAAAGUUUAUCCGCCCAAAUUCCUCUGUGAAGUAGUACCAAGUCUGUGUGUCAGUUACGGAGGUGACGAUCUUGCCAAACGUCUUCUUCAGCUGAACCCAAGAAAUAGAAUAUCAACCACCGAUGCCAUGAGGCAUCAUUACUUCAGUGACUUGCCAACAAAAAUACACGACCUCCCAGAUAUUGCGUCCAUUUUUAAUGUCCCAGGCAUAAAGCUAGAACCUGAGAAAUCAUCCAAGUGAGAGGACUUCUGCUGAUGACUCGCAUCUGUAAGUCUCUCUCUGAUUGGUUGUUCAACCAUCCAAUCCCGCACAGUGUUAUAAGUGCACUCAUCACAUGCUUUCAUGCAUAUUUUGCCGAAGUGCUUUGCUAACGGCUCCUCUGAUUGGUUGACGGAGCGCACUACUGCUACAGCAUCCAAAUAAAAACUGCCGUUCCGAACGCCUGUUGCAACUUGUAAAAGGCAAAUUCGAGUUAGUGAACUCGGCCAAUGCAUUCUGGUGACUGUUGGAGCCUGUCGUAUGAAGUGGCGUGGGUUUAAGUCGGAAAGACGCAUUUACCAGAAGGAUGCAGGAUGGGCAUCAUAGAACAGAAAACGCUAACCAGGAUAUAAUAAUGACAUCGAUGCAAAAAAA